AUGAAUGAUUUAAGCUGCAACAGUAUUUGUCAGCUAUUGUGUUGUCCUCCAUUACCAUCUAAAAUUGCAGCUAAGUUGGCAUUUAUGCCUCCAUCUCCCAGUUAUAAACUGACGGAGCAUGCUGAAGGAGGGCAUACUACAUACAGCUUUACUCUGGCUUCAUACUUGAAGGAUUCAUUUAUCCAUUUUGUCCCAGAAAACAUGGAAUCAAUGAAGGCUACAACAAAAAGAGGCAAUAAUAUUGCGAUUCUUUAUAUGCCCAUAAAUUCGUCAUCUAAGCUAACUUUCUUGUUAAGCCAUGGGAAUGCUGUGGACUUGGGUCUGAUGCUUCACUUCAUGUAUGAACUGGGGAGCAAGUUGAACGUUAACAUCAUGUGUUACGAUUAUUCAGGCUAUGGAGUGUCUUCUGGAAAGCCUUUGGAAAAAAACCUUUAUGCUGAUGCUGAGUGUGCGCUAAAUGUUUUAAGAACGAAGUAUUCUAUCCCUUUAAACCAAAUUGUUUUGUACGGUCAGAGCAUUGGAACUGUGCCGACAAUACAUUUGGCUACUCUUCAUCGAGUUGCUGCUGUCGUACUACAUUCGCCACUGAUGUCCGGGUUAAGGGUAGCUUUCCCGAGGCUGAAGCGCAAUUACUGUUGUGAUGUCUUCUCUAAUCUUGCACGCACACCGAAAAUUAUCUCACCUACAUUAGUAAUUCAUGGGACGCGUGAUGAGGUUGUGAACGUUACUCAUGGUUACCGUAUAUGCUCUGCUGUAGCAGGUCAUCUAUUGUUGGAUCCUCUUUUCAUUGAUGGAGCCGGACAUAAUGAUUGCGAACUUUUCCCUCAGUAUCUUUUGCGCUUAACUAAGUUGGUUACUGUGGAAUUACCUCGAUUACUGUCGAAUCCUAAUUCACAGAAUGUUACUGAAGUGGAAGAUAUGGAAGUAGAGUCGUCUAAACUACUGGAAAAAGGAACAGUUAAAGAGGAUUGUCAGGCAGAUUUAUCUAGUUCUAACUCUAUACCGGUUUCGUUAAAUUCUCAUGGGUAUUUUAGUAUGAAUGGCAACACAGUAGGAGGAGAGGAAGACAAAUCAACAAAGGUUUUUUUCUCACAGCCGUCCUGGAAUGUAACCUCAGACUCAAUAUCUAGCAGGCUCAGUGUAAGUAACGUCUGCGAACAGAUACCACCUGAUGAGAUCGUUCAUCCUCCUCAACAAACCAGUCCAACACCAUCAUUAUCAUCUCAAAAAUGCUUUAAGUCCGUUGAUGAUACUAGCGCCUGUCUGAUUGAUGUUAGUAGACGCCUCAAUGAUUCUGAUGUGCAAAAAGGAAGCCAGAUUGUUGUGAAAAAAUGCACGGACCAGAAUGAAGCUGUAGUUUCCCAGUUUUCGGUAGUUACACCUGAUUGUCUGUCUAGCAUUUCACUUGAUGAUUUGCAUUCGCUUCCAUCUGACGUUUGUGACCUUACUCUUCCUCCACCUCCUCCACCACCUACGAAUGGUGAUUCAGAUUUUUUCCAAUCAUCUAAAUUAUUAUGGUCCUUACAUACUCAGAAGAACGGAAAAAUAAAUACUUUGCCUCGGAAGUUGACAUCAAAGUUUUUGGAAACUGAGAUUGAUCAAGGUCAUUCACAAAUGCCAAAAAAGGUAUGGACUUUACCACGCGAAUUUUCCUCUGAAAAAAUAACACAAAUUCUUAACAAAAAACUUCUGGAAAAUAUGGUGGGUAAAUUUGAAUCCACAUCCACAUCUGAUAUUUCUGAUCCAGUGCUAACUGAACAGUGUUCUGCAAGAGAUUCACAUGAAUGUAGAUCCACAAUAACCUCAAAAUUUUCUAACUCUGUGACACUUACAUAG